AUGCCAGUCGAUAUCAACGAGAGACUCAUCAAUGAUCGAGAGCCCAGUGACAAUGUCAAUACGCAGUACGAGGUGGGGGAGGUGGGAAAAGUAGAGAAUUCCCCUGACUUUGUCACGAAGAGCCUUGAUGUCGCUGUAUUGCAGAUACGGGACGUCGAUGAUAAACUCUUUCGCCUUGAACAAACGUCCAGGAAAGGCGAUGAUGUACUUCUUCUUGAAAAGCCAGCGCUUCUGGAUUUCGUCAUCGAUCGUCUUGACCUCCUUUCGUAUCUCGUGGUACACCUCUUCUUUGAUCGUGCGACACGAAAGUACGAGUCCUUGGAGAUCGCCGCAUCGAAUGUGGAGGGGCAAAAGGUAUCUGUAGAUCUCAAGGCGAACUUCGGCGGGGACGGGGUAGAUAGACCAUGUCGAUGGUAUUUUGAUGCAACUACUUCUUCACCGUCUCCAUCUUCGAUUAAUGUCUCAAUAAGGAAGCCAGAUGUGCAUCAGCAGCGAGAGAGAACGGGAAGUGCUAACUUGUAG